ACAUGCUUUGUCUGGCAUUGCGUGCUAUAGGACGGGUGGUAUAAAAGAAAAGAAAGAAUCGACGAAGGAGUAACUUGGAUGCUAACGAGAAACAUAAUUUCGAACCGUUUGAGUUUUCGUUGUUUAAAUGAAGUCAACAGAGAGGGUGCAUGUUCUAUAAGUGCCCAGUAUUCAUCGUUCAAGGUACCACUUACAUAUUUUGAUAUGGGACCAAUAUACCUAGUUUCGACCAUAGCUUUCAUCAGCGGGGUAUCUUUUGGUCAGGAAGAGGACGCUGAGCCACAGUCCAAGGGCAAUUCCACAUUGGUUUGCAACAAGCGACAUGAGAUGCUACAUGUGUGUGGCGACAAAGGAGAGCCGUACGAAAGACUUUGCCCAAACUUGAGGCGCCGAUGGUGCGACGACGCAGGGCAGCAAAUAUGCCUCUGCAAACCGAGGUACUUUCGUCGCUUAUUCGACGAUGAGUGUGUCCACUUGAGAAAUUGCGCCAAGAGAGAAGUUGUGCGCCUUACGUUGGCCUGCUUUGGCGACGAGAUCUUCAUGAUUGGAGCAUCGACGACCCAGUUUGAUCCACAUCACGCAAAGUGUGUCAGGCUGAUACAUCGCGGUGUAACGGAGAAAGGAUGUGUCCGUGUCGUGAUGGUCAAGGAGAGAGCCAACGACUUCGAGUUGUCGCAGAACAAGCAUAACAACGGCUGGAAGCACACGAAUUAUUCAAUUGAUAUUCAUGCUGAAGUAGAAGGUGGUGUUCCAUACCUCGUCAUAGGACAGGAAGGUAGGACACCGCUACCUCCGGAAGUCCGGCACAGAUAUCCCGUUUUGCACGCAAACUCAAGGUGUAUCAUCACAGGGCAUUAUCCAAAGCCGGGAGAAAGGACCGACUGCUUCUUCUUCGUCACCGAACAUGAUGUUCACCAACCGGAUCCCGACUGCAAAUAUAUUUUCGAGAACUACUGCCGCUCUCCGAAAAUUAUUUUACGAAAAACGACAUCAAGGCAUUGCAUGCUAUAAAGCCGUACUUUGUUUUGUCA